GGGGUGGGCAGGGGUGCAGAAGAGAGGGAGCUUGGAGAGAGGGAUCCAAGGCAGAGGCCCACAUGGGCACAACACAGAGCAGUCCCCAAGAGUCUGCACAAACAGAAGCCCGGAAGGUGUAGGGACCUCUGUCUUAGCCUCACUGUCCCAGCCUGCUUACUGCCUGAACUUCUGGGAGCUGGCGACAGAACAAAGACUGAAGGAUGCGGACUCCAGGUGCGUGUUCGGCUUCUGUGGCGUCUCUGGUCCUGCUAUGGUUGCUGGGGCUGCCGUGGACCUGGAGUACAGCGGCGGCGCUAGGCGUUUACGUAGGCGGCGGCGGCUGGCGUUUCUUGCGCAUCGUCUGCAAAACCGCGAGGCGUGACCUCUUCGGCCUCUCCGUGUUGAUCCGUGUGCGCCUAGAACUGCGGCGGCACCAGCGCGCCCGCCACACCAUCCCGCAGAUCUUCCAAGCGGUGGCACGGCAGCAGCCUGAGCACCUGGCGCUGGUGGACGCUGGCAGCGGCACAUGCUGGACCUUCGCACAGCUGGAUGCCUACUCCAAUGCUGUGGCCAACCUCUUCCGCCAGCUGGGCUUUGUGCCGGGUGACGUGGUGGCUAUCUUCCUGGAGGGCCGGCCCGAGUUUGUGGGGCUGUGGCUGGGCCUGGCCAAGGCGGGCAUGGAGGCCGCUCUGCUCAAUAUUAACCUGCGGCGGGAGCCCCUGACCUUCUGCCUGGGCACCUCGGGCGCCAAGGCCCUGGUCUUCGGAGGGGAGCUGGCAGUGGCGGUGGCCGAGGUGAGCGGACAGCUGGGCAAGAGCCUGGUCAAGUUCUGUUCUGGAGACUUGAGGCCCGAGGGCCUCUUGCCGGACACCCAGCUCCUGGAUCCGCUACUGAAGGAGACCUCCACAGCCCCCCUGGCACAGCCCCCUGGCAAGGGCAUGGAUGAUCGACUCUUCUACAUCUACACGUCAGGGACCACGGGGCUGCCCAAGGCUGCCAUCGUCGUGCACAGCAGGUACUACCGCAUCGCGGCAUUCGGCCACCACUCCUACCGCAUGCAGGCAACAGACGUGAUCUAUGACUGCCUGCCCCUGUAUCACUCGGCAGGGAACAUCGUGGGCGUGGGUCAGUGUCUCAUCUACGGGCUGACGGUGGUCCUCCGCAAGAAGUUUUCAGCCAGCCGCUUCUGGGAGGACUGUGUCAAGUACAACUGCACGGUGGUCCAGUACAUCGGGGAGAUCUGCCGCUACCUGCUGAAGCAGCCCGUGCGGGAGGCAGAAGGGCAGCACUGUGUGCGCCUGGCCGUGGGCAACGGGCUGCGGCCGGCCAUAUGGGAGGAGUUCACCGAACGCUUUGGCGUGCGCCAGAUCGGCGAGUUCUAUGGGGCCACCGAGUGCAACUGUAGUAUCGCCAACAUGGAUGGGAAGGUUGGCGCUUGUGGCUUCAACAGCCGCAUCCUGCCCCAUGUGUACCCCAUCCGACUGGUGAAGGUCAACGAGGACACCAUGGAGCUACUGCGGGAUGCCCAAGGCCUCUGCAUCCCAUGCCAGGCCGGGGAGCCCGGCCUCCUCGUGGGCCAGAUCAACCAGCAGGACCCUCUGCGUCGCUUUGAUGGCUACAUCAGCGAGAGCGCCACCAGCAAGAAGAUCGCCCACAGUGUCUUCCGCAAGGGUGAUAGCGCCUACCUAUCAGGUGUGCAGACCAUGGGAGUGGGCUGUAGGGGUGGUGGGUUGUCCUCUUACCUCCUCUUCUCCCCUCUGCCAGGUGACGUGCUGGUGAUGGACGAACUGGGUUACAUGUAUUUCCGGGACCGCAGCGGGGACACCUUCCGCUGGCGUGGGGAGAAUGUCUCCACCACUGAGGUGGAGGGUGUGCUGAGUCGCCUGCUGGGCCAGACAGAUGUGGCCGUGUACGGGGUGGCCGUGCCAGGAGUAGAGGGCAAAGCAGGCAUGGCAGCCAUCGCAGACCCUCACGGCCAGCUGAGCCCCAACGCGCUGUACCAGGAGCUGCAGAAGGUACUGGCGCCCUAUGCCCAGCCCAUCUUCCUGCGCCUCCUGCCCCAGGUGGACACCACAGGCACCUUCAAGAUUCAAAAGACGAGGCUGCAGCACGAGGGCUUUGACCCACGCCAGACCUCGGACCGGCUCUUCUUCCUGGACCUGAAGCAGGGCCACUACCUGCCUCUGGAUCAGAGUGUCUACACCCGCAUCUGCUCGGGCGCCUUCUCCCUCUGACGCUCCUCUUCUGCCCGCCAGAGACUACCCUCAGGCGCAGCCAGCGAGUCAGGCUUGAGCCAGACAGCCCUGCCCUCUCCUGCCGCAGAGAAACUGGAUCCCAGGCGGAACCUGUGUUUCCCACCUUCACCGACCUCUCGCCUCGGGCUCCUGUGUGUGCGUCUGUGUGUGUGUCUCUCUUCUCCCUGUUUCUGGGCCUUCCUGCUGCCCUUGACCGCCCUCACCUUCCUCCCCCAUCUCCCCUCCCCUGCCAAAAGCAGAACAGACAUUUCCUGGAAGCCGUGGUUCCUGUGGGGGCCCGGCUGCCCUCAGAGCUUCCGCGGGGCCUCCCUAUUGGGUCUCCCUAUUGGGUCGUAAACCUGGAAUGAGGCCUCUCCACCUCCCUCUCAGCUGUGCCUUAGCAAGACCCACCAGUCUAGGCCUCCCUAGGCUUCCCUAGGCGGCUGGAUUCCAGGAUUUGUAGUCCUGCGUGAACUCCAGGCAGGUCCCCCAUACUCCUUGCUGAACUGAGGAGUGGUCUGCCUGGCCAGCCGGGGUGCAGGGGAAAUCUCUCCCAGGCCAGUUGCCUUUUGCACUUCCUGUCCCUGGUGGGUCUCCCUUGCCUUGCCUCCCCUUCCUGAUGCCCCGGAAACUUCUGGAAUUGACUGUGACCGCUUGGAUGUUGCCCCCACCACCACCACACAGACGGCCCUCUUCAGGCAUCUCCAUGGAGCCCCUGCUGGAGGGGCCCUGAAGAUGAUGCUGGCUGGCGCCUCAGCCUGCUGCUCAGAUGCUCACCCCAGUGGAGACCCUGCUGGUGUGGCUGCUGAUGGGACCCAUGGGAGUGACAGCAGUGGGUUGGGCUAAGUGUCCAGGCUAGGGGUGGCAUCUGAGAUGGUCUCUCCGGGUCUCAGGGGUUCCAGCCUGUUGAAUGUCCCCGCCAGCCUUGUUAGUGAUAGCUUGAAUCUUUGGGUUGGUGACAUCCUGAGACCACCCCACUAGGAUAGCUCGGACAUCCCCAUCGGCUUCCUUGAUGACUCACCCCAGACACCCGUUGUUGGGACCAGCUCCCCAGCUCGCCCCUCUGUCCCUCCCUCUGGCAGCACCGUCCGGCUCCUCGAACAUUGAGGCCAGUAGCAAGUGACCCUGUCGUGUUUCACGUGGGCCUUUCCAAGCACCAAGGUUUUGUUUCCUACUUGAGUUUAAGAAAUAAACCUGCAGAGUGUCUGGUG